CUCCGCCUACCAUCAACAACAACAGAAGCGCCAGCCUCUCUAGAACCCGCAGCCCCGUCCACGUCCAGGCUAUCUUUUUUUUAAAUCUUCUAAACCCGAGCUCCAAUACUUCAACUCAAGUCGAACUUCACGGAGAAACGCCGACAUGUCCACCUCAAUUCUACCGGUGGAAAAGUAGUUCCACUUCUGAACUCCAACAGGCGGAAGAGUUAGCUUUUGCCGAGGGAAGUUUUUCCACCCCCCAUUUUUUUUGGAGCCGGGGAAGCCCAGGCUUGGGGGGGAAAGGAGAGUUAUAUGAUGUGGAUUUGGUACAUUCUACUCGGUUCAAGAACAGUUGAGAGCCAGCUGCUCCCAGGGAAUAACUUCACCACAGAGUGCAACAUCCCUGGAAACUUCAUGUGUGGAGAUGGAAAGUGUGUCCCAGGAGGAUGGCAGUGUGAUGGAUUGCCUGAUUGCUUUGACAAGAGUGACGAAAAAGGCUGCCCAAAAGUCAAAUCAAAGUGUGGCCCAACAUUCUUUGCCUGUGCGAAUGGGGUCCACUGCAUCAUUGGACGAUUCCGAUGUAAUGGUUUCAGUGACUGUCCUGAUGGGAGCGAUGAGGAAAACUGCACUGGCAACCCCUUGGUGUGCUCUGAGACGCGCUUCAAGUGUCGAAAUGGGCGCUGUGUAGACCGCAGCUUCUUGUGUAACGGCCAGGACAACUGUCAGGAUAACAGUGAUGAGGAGCUCUGCUUAAGUACAGCAGAAGCUCCUGGUCAGGACUUUGUGACGCUGGACUACCGUCUGCGGUACUACCCCAGCAUCACCUAUGCCGUCAUCGGCAGUGCCGUCAUCUUCGUGUUGGUCGUGGCAUUGCUGGCCUUGGUGCUCCAUCACCAGAGGAAGAGGAGCAUCCUGCUGCCCGCCGAUGUGAGAGGAUCCAUGCAUCACCAUCAGCCGUUACUACUGUCCCGUUUGAUCAUCUUGGAUCGAGGCCACAUGCAUCCCGCUGGUCUUUCUCCCACUUCUCCCUCCGCAGCUGACGAGUACAGCUCGGCUCCUCAAACAAUGCAGCUCCUUUCUGAAAGCCUUUGUCCAACUGGCCUUUCUGUGGACACUCCCCCAUCAUAUUCACAGGCUGUUCUGGAUGUCAGUCGGCCUCCCUGGUUUGAUCUUCCUCCUCCUCCUUACCUCCCAGACGGGGAAGCGGCUUCAGAGGGCGACUUGCCUCGUUACAAUAGCCCUUCUGCAUCUGCCGCACUCAGAACUAUGUCCUUGAACGCCUCAUCUGGAUUAAAUUCUAGACAGGUGUCAGAGGAGCUUUAGCCUCUCUGGUAGACAGUAAAGUUUAGCAGCACAUUCCUCAAUGUAGACCUGCAGCCACAAGGCUGAACACAUUCAUCUUGUAUUUCGGCUCCACCUGCUGGACUUUUUAAAGAACUACACGUGCUUCAUUUCAGAAUGACUCAGUGCGUGUCAGCAGAAUUUAGUUCUUGGGAAGGAAUACUACCUAUAACCUACUUAAGGCUUUAGAUACUGUAGUUACCUAAAGGAAGUGUGUGUUAACGAGUGCCAAUAAGAUUGUGUGUGUACUUUGUAGAACAGUGGCUCCACCCUUCCAAGGACCCGAGUCUUCAUUGUCAUCCAGAUUGUGUCAGAUAUUUUCAUGCUUAGUGUUACGUAAAAUAAUAGGUAGCUUCAUUAUUACUUUUUGAAUAAUGUAUCAAUCCCUAAAACUAGGAACUAUUUGAGUAAAAAAAGGGUAAUUUAUUGUAUGUAAUAUUACAGGAGGGAAGUGGGAGGAAGCCGGAGUAGCCGGAGGGAACCCACGCAGUCACGGGGAGAACAUGCAAACUCCACACAGAAAGAUCCUGAGCCCAGGAUUGAACCCACUACAAACCCCAUUUCAGUAGUGUGUAUAAGAGUGUUUCAACAGUGUGUAUGAGAGUGUUUCAGUAGUGUGUGAGAAAGAAAAACAUUUCAGUUGUUUAUGUGAGAGCAUUUCAGUAGUGUGUAGAAGAGUGUUUCAGUGUUGUGUAUGACAGAAAAAUAUUUCAGUUGUUUAUGUGAGAGCAUUUCAGUAGUGUGUAUAAGCGUGUUUCAUUCGUGUGUAUGAGAGUGUUUCAGUAGUGUGUGAGAGAAAAAUAUUUCAGUUGUUUAUGUGAGAGCAUUUCAGUAGUGUGUUUAAGAGUGUUGAAAAA